AAGCUCUCCCCGCCCUCCCCGCCGCUUUUGCCUUUGGGCAGGAGCCCUGGAGGGGGGGACUCGCGGGGCGGUGGGGCGAGGCGCGGGGGGCGUCGCACGCGGGAAGCAGAGCCACCCCCCGCCGGGCCUGGCCGCGCCAGCUGUGGCUCGUUGUUGGGACGGCGGCCAAGCCUGGCGGGGGAGGUGGGGAGCCGUCCUGGCGCCGCGCGAUUAGCCGCAUCUGGGGGAGGAGGAGCCGCAGGGCGCGCUCAGCCCGGGUGUUUGCGCCCGGAUGGGGGUGGGGGUGCCCUAGGCGCUGGAGAAAAACUUCACCCGCGCCCACAGGCCCCCUUUCCGCAGGCUGCGCUGGCGGUCCAGGUUUGCAGGCCGGAAGUGAAACGUUCUUUUUUGAUUUUUAAAAAGGAAGCCGCCCGCCCUACGGUUUUCUGAGGUUGGAGUGCAUGUGUGUGCUGGGGAGGCGGAGACGUCCCGCUCCAGGCAGGGCCUCGGGUCUUACAGGUGGGGAAAUCUCUGCCAAAUAGGAGGCCUCUGGGAGCCUCAGAUUCCCCAUCUGCAGACUGGGCUCUGACUUCUCCUGGCAUGAGAGGGUGUGUGAGAGUAAAAGGCGGCAGCUAGCCCCGAGCCGGGAGACACAGACUGGGUUUCCCCAUGUUGGCCAGGCUAGUCUUGAACUCCUCACCUCCAGUGAUCCGCCCGCCUCGGCCUCCCAGAGUGCUGGGAUUGCAGGUCAGCCAUGUCAUCUGAGCCUCCCCCACCACCACAGCCCCCCACCCAUCAAGCUUCAGUCGGGCUGCUGGACACCCCUCGGACCCGCGAGCGCUCACCAUCCCCUCUGAGGGGCAACGUGGUCCCAAGCCCACUGCCCACUCGCCGGACGAGGACCUUCUCAGCGACGGUGCGGGCUUCACAGGGCCCUGUGUACAAAGGAGUCUGCAAAUGCUUCUGCCGCUCCAAGGGCCACGGCUUCAUUACCCCAGCUGAUGGUGGCCCUGACAUCUUCCUGCACAUCUCUGAUGUGGAAGGGGAGUAUGUCCCAGUGGAAGGCGAUGAGGUCACCUAUAAAAUGUGCUCCAUCCCGCCCAAGAAUGAGAAGCUGCAGGCCGUGGAGGUCGUCAUCACCCACCUGGCACCAGGCACCAAGCAUGAGACCUGGUCUGGACACGUCGUCAGCUCCUAGGAGAUGCUGGAAGCACCCCUUGUCCUGUGCUUGUGGGAGACUUUGCGGGGAGGACGCGGCAGACACUGGAGAUGACAUUCUUCCACACAAGACGGGGCUUCGGCAGGGCAUGGUCCCUUUCAAGUAUCUCCUGGAGGAAGGGGUAUGGGGGCAGGUGUAGGGUGUUCCCGGCCACCAGCACAGCCUCUGACCAUUGCAACAACCUCUCACCAUCUGAAUAGCAUUAAAAGCAUUUAAAAAGGAGAGGUGCCCACUGGUGGUUGCGUGGAGGUUCAACCCCAGCCCACGGAGUGGGUCAAGGGUGGUGUUUCUCCAGCUGCUCAGACACAUGGGCUCAAUCCACAGAAUCCCUCUUCCUCCUGGAGCUGGAGGCUCCAGAUUCCCAGAGCUGGCCCACUGGCAGCUGACAUGGACCUUGCGUGACUUCCCCAAGGCAAAUUUCCACCUAAGUGCCCCUUGUGCCUCUCCUUGGGCCUGGGCAAAGCAGUUUUCUAAUUCUUGGCUUGGCUGGUUCUAGGGGAGCUGGCUUGAAGCGGGUGGGAAAAGCGGGGGGGUGGCGGUCUUUGGAUUGGAUGGAUUUUGCCUUUUGGUGCCUUUGCAGUGGGAGGUGGCAUAGCUGCCUGUCUGGGGAAGACAGUUUCUCCCAGCACUCCCACCCCUGGGCACAGCAGGCUGGUACUGGGAGGCUGAACCCCUCUUAGAGCCUGACCUUUUCAUCUGCCUUCUGGUUGUGUGACCAUCACUCAACAGCCAUUUCACAGCCCCUGUCAUUAUGGCGGCAGGGUGGGGGUGGUGGGAAGGGCUUGUGGAGAGGGCAGAGUCUUUGUUUAAAAACUUUGUCCCAAUCCAUCCAGAAAAGAGUAGGUAGCUUGCAUCCUGACAGCCUGGCAAGGUCAAGAAAGUUGAAGGAGAAACAUGUUUGGAGAGGGGGUUUUCUUUAAAACUAGUGUUAAGAAAUGCUUAGGGAUUUUUUUUCUUUUUCGUAACUAAAGCUUUCACCCAGAGCCGGCUCUGUUUGCACCUUGCUGCCAACAUUGCAAACUUUUUUUGCGGGGUGGGAGACUUGAGUAUCACUCUGUCACCCAGGCUGGAGUGCAAUGGCCCAAUCUCAGCUUACUGCAACCUCUGCCUCCAGGGUUGUGGCAAUUCUGCCUCAGUCUCCUGACUAGCUGAAUUACAGGCAUGCACCACCACACCUGGUUAAUUUUUGUAUUUUUAGGAGAGACCAGGUUUCAUCAUGUUGGGCAGGCUGGUCUUGAACCCCUGACCUCAGGUGAUCUGCCCAUCUCGGCCUCUCAAAGUGCUGGGAUUAAAAUUGUGAGCCAUCGCGCGCCCGGCCUGCAAACUUUUUUGUAGGUAUUUCUGGUAAACAAAUCCUUAGAUUAUCUUUGCUGUGGUUUUGGUUUGGCUUUAGUCGUGAUUUAAAAGUAGAAAUAGCUAGGGAUUAUUUUUUUGAAAUAUAUGGCCUAUACGUAGUCAAGAAUCCACUCGUCAACACAGCGAAGCAAACCUUUUGGAAACUGGCUUUUGGGCAGACAGUAAACGUCCAGAAAAGAGGGAGGAUCGUUUGAUGCUGGAAGCAUGAACAGCUUCAUCAGGUACUUCUCAACUCUGAUGAGUUUGUCCUUUCAGCCUAAGGGGGUGGAAGGGAGUUGUUUUAAAAUAGCAAAUACGCACGUUGAUUCCAAGUGUGUGGAGAAAAAGGCAGUUCCCACUAUAGUUAGGUCCUGGCCAGUGCUUCCUCGCCUGCGAUGCUCCUUGUAGGUCCUCACCCUCCUCUGCCUAAUGCUGGGUCAAAGGUGGCCUUUUUCUCUCCAGCCUUGAAUUGUUCCCUGGUGGCUUCCCAAGGGCCCAUCUACUGGUACAGUCCACACUUCCAAAGCCAAGAGCUGAGGGGGCCCUUUCACUGCCCCAAGCCUCUCUCCCGCUCUGUCCUCGCGUUGGCAUGGGUGGCAUUGCUGUGACCCCGUGUGCUGGCACUCUGGCAGGCUCUGGCCGGCAGUGAGCUGGGGGAUUGCAUUCUGCUAUUCAGGGGUGACCUUUGGAUUCUGUCUUGGCAGAGUCCUUUGUCAGCGGCUCUUGCUCUGUCCUUCCUGUUUGGCCACAGCUCUUUCAAUCAAUGGGUAUUCUAGAACUGCAGGAUGUCAGAGCUGGAAGGGACGUGAUACCAGUUGACAGAAGGGGAAACUCCUGGAGGCUCUGGGAGGGAUGGCGGUUUUUGGUGACCAAACGAGAGCUAGAAUUGAGGAUUCCUGAAUCCAGAUCUUGCCUCCCAUCAGCCAUCUUUCUCUCAAUAAAGUUUUGUUUUGUGCAAGGC